AUGAGUAAGGUGUACAUUCUGAGGCUGGACCUGGGAAAUGGAACGAAGAUUAAAGACGUGCAAGUAUGGGAUUUGAAUGCAGAUAAACAACAGAAGGAGCAAACCUUCGAUUGUAAGAUUUUGGGCUCAGUCGACAUGAAGCGACUCCCGCUGUGGGUGGAACUUCCAAAUGAGUACGUUUGCUACAGUGCAAGCUCUACCACAACGUCUUAUUUCAGAUCGAAACUGUUGCAGAAGCAGUAUCCCGAUAGAGGAUUGGUAGCGGAAGUUCUCGGCGAAUCAGCGACAUCAGAGUACAUGCUAUUUUACUCUGAAAUAAUUGACGUUGCACGCCCACAAAUUAAAACAUCCAAGAUUGAUAUAUCUAUCAAGAGAAAGCUGGAUAAUCAGCUGCUUCAAGAAGAAACUCCUAGAGCUCAAUCUGCAAUCUUAUCAAAGGAUCAAAGCAUCGAUGCGAUCGUCGCUAAAAAACUACUGAGGCGUACUCAAAGUACAUCACGAAUCUCUAAACACGUACAAAUGACAGAUUAUAAACGCAAAUUCGUGUCCACCCUAUCAAAUUGUAUUUUAAGUGGUCUACGUUUGAGAGGAAUUCCUGAGAGACAGGCCGACUUUCAACAACUUUACAAAAUGACUUACAGCACAGCAGAAUUUGCAUUCCGAGAUGAGCUUAAAGAGGCAAAAAGUCCUAUUUACUUUGAGCAGGUCCAAGAGGCUGUGGAGCUCAUAUUAAAGCUCUUCACCAAGUCGUAA